AUGUCCCGAAUUUGUCUACCACCUUGUACAAAUUGUUGUAAUGACACAUGGAUGAAGGUUUACAAGUCAAGGUCACUCGAUAUAACAAAGUUCAGCAGCUACAACGAGCUGCGUAUGGAACUCGUGCGGAUGUUUGGGCUCAAGGCCCAAUUGGAAGAUUCUUUAAGAUCAGGCGCUUGUAUACUUUCACCAGAAGAGGUUCAAGAAAUGCGAAAACGGGGGCUCGAGCUUCGUAACAAUGUUCCUCUUCACCAAAAUGUCGGGUGUGAGGGCUACCCGAGCCGCCAAGAAUCGAGGAAUAUGACUUCUGGCAUAGCUUCUGUAGGGACUCUUAAUUUCUGA